AUGAGAACCGGAACUGCAUCAGGCGGUUUCAAAACUUUAGGAACCGGAACCGAUAGUUCCGAGGCAGUUCCGGGCUUCACUUCGGCGAUGGCGGUAGUUGCGGAGGCAACGUCACCGACGGAGGCAAAGGCAGAGGAGAGAUCUCUGGAGGAGUGGUGGCCGGCUGAUGGCGGAAGGGCCGGUCAUCUGGUUGCAGUUCGGAGAUGCAGUGGGGGAGGCAGCGUCGUGUGUGUUGAAAGAGAAGAGGGGACUGGGAAAAGUGAAGGGCAAGCUUGGAUAGGAGCGUGUGAGGGAUGA